GAACAACCCUGAAACCAAAACAAAGCUGGCCGCUGCUAUUGUCUUCGCGAAAGACAAGCCUCUGCAGCUAGUAACUUUAAUGACGUUGGCUGCGCUCCCUAAAACAGGUGCCAACGCUGGCACGUCUUGAUGGGCAACUUUCCAAGCAUCGUCAGCAACUUGCAGAGUGUUCAGAGUGGAGACAUGACAACCCAGGACACAACUGCCGCAGUCAAUUUCAAUCGAUGUUGUAAAGUUCUGCCGGCGAUCGGAGUACUGUGGACCGCAGCAGCAAAUCAGACAAAAGCAGGAGCUGUAUCGAUGCCAAGUCUCGAGGCUCAGUGUAGCCAGAUGAGCUGCGCGAGUGGUGUCAGCGCGAGUGUUACCAAUGGAACGACACUGGGCGCUGUCCGGGUUUAGGUUGCAAUUGUGGCUCUGUU